UUUUUUAAGCAUUCAUUCAUUGUUUAUGACCUCAAAUAAAUUGGAUGGUAUGAACUAUCCGAAAUCAUUCUUCAAUACCGUAUUGAAACAUUAUUUCAAGCAGCUUCAGGAAACAAACGUCACAACAAUAAUUCUUUUUUCUUGCACCCCCCUCAACAAUUUCUGACACAAAGUUCUUCCAAAAGCACGAAUGUUCAAGCAAUUUAGACUUAUAUCCACCGUCCACCGAAUCGGUUACCUAAAACACUUCUCAACUCGUACAACACCUAAUGUCUGGGUAGUUACCGAUGGAGGAAUAGAGAAUACUUUGCAAGCAAUGGCAUUGGGGAAGCAAUUAGCUGGUUCGAAUCAACUUUCAAGCUCAUUUAAAUUGAAGACUAUGGUUGCCAGUAAAAAGUUACAAGUAUUCCCUGCUAUUUUGCAGAAAUUCUUGGUUAAUUGGAGUGCUUCAAAGCAUAAAGCUGACACAUCAAAUGACUUGCCUUGGUACCUGUCAACCUCAGAUGAAGCCUUAGAUGAUUCAAAGCCAGAUUAUAUUGUAUCCAGUGGACAAGAUGCAAUUCCGGCCUGUCUUCAUUUAUCAAAGGCAAAUUCAAAUAGAAAAUGUUUCUCUGUCUACGUUGGAUAUCCUGGUAUUCCUUUUAUAAACUUUGAUCAGGUUGUGUUACCAAAGUAUGAGGCAAACGCAAAAAUGGCCGCUCUUGGCCCAUUAGCAAGACAAAAAAAUGGCAUUAUCACACCUGCACCAUUGUUAGAUACAUUCCCCGGUCCUUUACCAGCACUAGAUCAAAUGAUCCCUGGGUCUUUUAAGAAAGGAUACUCGGCAGUAAUCAUCGGAGGACACUCACCCAUCUGUCGAUGGUAUUCGGAGGAUGCCGUGACCUUGGCCGAUAAUAUCAAGCGCAUGGUCCAAAAUCUUGGCGAUAAAGUGGUUGUUGUAUUCACUGAUAGAACACCCACUAUGGUUAAAGAGAAAUUAACACAAAAGAUAGAGGAAUCAAUUAAAGCUAGUGAGGAAUCUGUCGUUAUUUGGGACUCUACAAAGCAGACAUCUACCGCUGAUAAAAUUAACACAUACGAAAGUAUUAUUCAAAAUUCACAGCGCGUAGUUUUGACAGCUGAUCUUGAUUAUGCGUGUGCUCAUGCAGCAUCAAAGGGAAAGCCUGUUUAUAUUGCGUUUAAUGGACAAGCAAGAUCGUAUCUUGCGCACUUUCAUCGUUGGUUAUUAGACACCCAUUUAACCAAAAAAUUAAGACUGGAUAGAACCAAACACAAGACAAACGAAGCUAAGGAUCCUUACAGUUACUUGGGAGACCAGACCACUUGGGGGAAUGCAUCAAGAGAAUUUCAAAUGAAGAACACAAUGAGCUAUGUGAAGAAAGAGAUCGAGGAGAUUCGGGAGGAAAAAGUAACCGGUAAAAGAAGGAAGUAAUAAUAAAAAUGGUUGACACUAUGUCCGACCCACUUAAUUUUUAAAUGUUCGCCUUAAAAGGCUGAUCCAGACAUCGUGUUUAUCGCAUUAAAAUUUGGUAUAAUAGCACUUUAAAAGA